CUCUCUCUAUGAUUCUCUCAUUUAUAUGAGAAUUCGAAUAACCCUCGUGUGUGGUGGGUGGUUGAAUCUACCCUUACCAUUAACUAAAUUGGAGUUUGUGCACUCUAAGUCAAUUCAAAUUCGAAUUUCCUGUGCGCAGGUCCUUGCUAUAUCCUACUUAUAAGAAAAGUGAAGCAUUUUUGGCUUACAGGACAUUUUCAAGUUGGAAUCUUGUUCAGUCUGGAGUUAAAUUUUGAACUAAACGGAAGCAAAAAAUAAAUAAAAAUAAAAGUGAAAAAAGUUUAAAUAAAAAAUAAUCUUCCCUAAACAUAGUACAUAUAUAUACACACACACCCCUAAAAUCAUUCAUACAUACAUAUAUGUGAAAAUAAUAUAUAUACCAAAAUAUAGUAUAUAUAAGAAAAAAUUCAAAAAGUGCUUUAAAUAAUAUUAAAUGUUUCAAAAUCUUAUUGCACCUUCCUCAAAGUGAAUUAUUUUUUAAUUUAAAAUAAGUUUUUUAAAAGUUUUUAACACAUUUUUAAUAAGAAAAUUAAUAAACCAAAAAUAAAAUAAAAAAACGAAAAUUUUGCAAAAAGAAAAAAUAUGACUAAGCAGUGACGACAUACGCUUACACAAUUUCUCUAUACUAUAGACAGUAGAAAAAAUUCAAAAUCUAAUAUUUUCAUAAGAAAUUAAAUAAAUUUUAUAAAAAUGGUUACGGAAAAUGGCACACAGGGCGAUGGUAACACAUCGUUUCUGCGAGCGGCCAGAGCUGGAAAUCUAGAUAAAGUGUUGGAACACUUGAAAAAUAAUAUUGACAUAAAUACCAGCAAUGCUAAUGGAUUAAAUGCGCUGCAUUUAGCUUCUAAAGAUGGACACAUUCAUGUUGUGUCGGAGCUACUGCGACGAGGUGCAAUUGUUGAUAGUGCUACUAAGAAAGGUAACACAGCGUUACAUAUUGCCUCGUUGGCUGGUCAGGAGGAAGUUGUUAAAAUGCUUUUACAACAUGGAGCUUCCGUAAAUGUACAAUCUCAGAAUGGUUUCACACCAUUGUAUAUGGCAGCUCAGGAAAAUCACGAUUCUGUGGUGAAGUUGUUAUUGUCCAAUGGAGCCAAUCAAAGUUUGGCUACAGAGGAUGGCUUUACACCACUUGCUGUUGCUAUGCAACAGGGUCACGAUAAGGUUGUGGCAGUUUUACUCGAAAGCGAUACACGCGGCAAGGUGAGAUUGCCGGCCCUGCAUAUUGCUGCUAAAAAGGAUGACGUUAAGGCGGCUACACUGCUUUUGGACAACGAUCACAAUCCAGAUGUCACUUCAAAAUCUGGUUUUACACCUUUGCACAUCGCCUCGCACUAUGGCAACCAAGCUAUAGCUAAUUUAUUAAUACAAAAGGGUGCCGAUGUAAAUUUCUCGGCCAAGCACAAUAUUAGUCCUCUUCAUGUGGCUGCUAAAUGGGGCAAAACCAAUAUGGUUUCGUUGCUACUGGAAAAGGGAGCAAACAUCGAAGCUAAAACCCGUGAUGGACUUACACCUUUACACUGCGCAGCACGUUCGGGACACGAACAGGUUGUAGACAUGUUAUUGGAACGAGGUGCACCAAUUAGUGCUAAGACUAAGAAUGGCUUAGCUCCUCUACAUAUGGCGGCCCAAGGUGAGCAUGUAGAUGCUGCCCGUAUUUUACUCUAUCACCGAGCUCCAGUUGAUGAGGUCACCGUCGAUUAUUUGACCGCACUCCAUGUGGCUGCACAUUGUGGACAUGUCCGUGUCGCUAAGCUCCUAUUGGAUCGUAAUGCGGAUGCCAAUGCCAGAGCCUUAAAUGGAUUUACCCCACUACAUAUUGCUUGUAAAAAGAAUCGUAUUAAGGUUGUCGAAUUAUUGUUACGCCAUGGCGCCAGUAUUAGUGCAACCACUGAGAGUGGUUUGACACCACUACAUGUGGCUGCUUUUAUGGGUUGCAUGAAUAUUGUUAUCUAUUUGUUGCAACAUGAUGCUAGUCCCGAUGUACCCACUGUACGUGGUGAAACACCAUUGCAUUUAGCCGCAAGAGCCAACCAGACUGAUAUAAUUCGCAUUUUGUUGCGCAAUGGUGCUCAGGUAGAUGCUCGAGCUCGUGAACAACAAACUCCAUUGCAUAUUGCCUCGCGUUUGGGUAAUGUGGACAUUGUUAUGUUGCUCUUACAGCACGGAGCUCAAGUAGAUGCCACCACUAAGGACAUGUACACUGCUUUACACAUCGCUGCCAAGGAGGGCCAAGAUGAGGUGGCUGCUGUUCUAAUCGAAAAUGGUGCCGCCUUAGAUGCUGCUACCAAAAAAGGUUUUACUCCCCUACAUUUAACUGCUAAAUAUGGACACAUCAAAGUGGCUCAACUACUGCUGCAAAAGGAAGCUGACGUCGAUGCUCAAGGCAAAAACGGCGUCACUCCCUUGCAUGUGGCUUGUCAUUAUGACAACCAGAAUGUUGCUCUUCUGCUAUUGGAGAAGGGUGCCAGUCCACAUGCUACUGCAAAGAAUGGUCAUACACCUCUACAUAUUGCGGCACGCAAAAAUCAAAUGGAUAUUGCUACAACUCUAUUAGAGUAUGGAGCCCAAGCAAAUGCUGAGAGCAAGGCUGGGUUUACUCCAUUGCACUUAAGCUGCCAAGAGGGUCAUAGUGAAAUUUCCAAUUUAUUAAUUGAACACAAGGCAGGUGUAAAUCAUCCGGCCAAGAAUGGCUUGACACCAAUGCAUCUGUGUGCCCAGGAGGAUAAUGUUAAUGUUGCUGAAAUAUUGCAACGCAAUGGAGCCAAUAUUGAUAUGGCUACUAAGGCUGGCUAUACACCUCUUCAUGUGGCCGCUCAUUUUGGUCAAGCAAAUAUGGUUCGUUUCUUGUUACAACAUGGUGCCAAUGUCGAUGCUGCUACAUCGAUUGGCUACACACCGCUACAUCAAAGUGCCCAGCAGGGUCAUUGCCAUAUUGUAAAACUCUUACUUGAACACAAUGCAAAUGCCAAUGCUCAGACUACAAGUGGCCAGACACCGUUGGAUAUUGCUCGUAAAUUGGGUUAUAUCAGUGUAUUGGAUUCACUUAAAACGAUAACUGACGAAACAGAAGGUUCCACUCAAAUGCAUUCGGAUGAAAAAUAUCGUGUUGUUGCCCCAGAGGCCAUGCACGAAUCGUUUAUGUCGGAUUCGGAAGAAGAAGGAGGUGACACAAAUGAUUGGGAUCCAUGUUUGGGCUUAAAAAGUGACCGACAGAACAAUGAUAACCAUGUCUAUCUGCCUUAUUAUCGCGGCGAAUCAUUAUUUUUAUCCUGCGAAGAUAAUAUGCUUUCCGAUCAACCUUAUCGAUAUCUGACAGUUGAUGAAAUGAAAUCCUUAGGAGAUGAUUCUCUGCCGAUCGAUGUCACACGCGAUGAACGUGUCGAUUCUAAUCGUAUGGCACAAAGUGCUGAAUAUGGUGCCGGCUUGCAGCAACAGCAACCGAUUGCCGAGGAAGCUAUAAGUCCACACAAGGUUCAAACCUAUAAUGCUGCAGCUGGAAAAUCCAUGGUCGAUGGUAUUUAUAUGGCCAAUGGUCUUAACGAAGAUGAUCACCAACAUGUUGGCCGCAAACUGCAGUGGAAGAGUUUCUUGGUUUCUUUCCUGGUAGAUGCUCGUGGAGGUGCUAUGCGCGGUUGUCGCCACAGUGGAGUUCGAAUGAUUAUACCAUCACGUUCUACUUGCCAACCCACUCGUGUUACUUGCCGCUAUGUCAAACCUCAGCGCACGAUGCAUCCUCCUCAAUUAAUGGAGGGUGAAGCAUUGGCUAGCCGUGUUUUAGAGCUUGGUCCAGUUUCCACCAAGUUUAUCGGUCCCGUCAUCAUGGAAGUACCCCAUUUCGCUUCAUUACGAGGUAAAGAACGUGAAAUUAUUAUAUUGCGUUCGGAUAAUGGCGAAACUUGGCGGGAGCAUACUAUUGAUAAUUCUGAAGAAAUAAUACAUGAUGUUUUGCAACAGUGUUUUGAGCCAGAAGAAAUCGCUCAAUUGGAAGAGCAAGCUGGCAAUCAUGUCUGCCGUUUUGUUACAUAUGAUUUUCCUCAAUAUUUCGCUGUCGUAACUCGUAUACGUCAGGAGGUGCAUGCAAUUGGUCCCGAGGGUGGCAUGGUAUCCAGUACUGUAGUGCCACAAGUUCAGGCCGUAUUUCCGCAAGGUGCUUUAACCAAGAAGAUAAAAGUUGGCUUACAGGCACAACCGGUCGAUCCAGAUCUAACUGCUAAACUUUUAGGACGUGGUGUUGCAGUAUCACCUAUCGUUACUGUUGAACCACGUCGUCGCAAAUUCCACAAGGCCAUAACAUUGAGUAUGCCCGCCCCUAAGGCUCACAGUCAGGGCAUGAUAAAUCAAUACUCGGGCAAUACUCCCACCCUGCGUUUACUUUGUUCCAUAACCGGUGUGUUUCGGAAAAGAUCUCUAAAAGGAGGUCCUUCAAGGGCUCAAUGGGAGGAUGUUACCGGAUCUACACCACUGACAUUCGUCAAUGACUGCGUAUCAUUCACUACCACCGUUUCGGCACGAUUUUGGCUUAUGGAUUGUCGUAAUAUAAGUGAAGCUACAAAAAUGGCCACAGAAUUAUACAAGGAAGUGAUUCAUGUUCCAUUUAUUGCAAAAUUCGUGGUGUUUGCGAAAAAGGUUGAACCAUUUGAAGCCCGCCUACGCGUAUUUUGUAUGACAGAUGAUAGAGAGGAUAAAACUCUUGAGAAAAUGGAACUUUACACACAAGUUGCUAAAAGUCGAGAUGUGGAAGUGCUCGAGGGCAAGCCUCAGUACAUAGAAAUGGCGGGUAACUUAGUGCCUGUAACUAAAUCGGGCGAACAAUUACAACUGCCAUUUAAAGCAUUUCGAGAAAAUCGGCUGCCGUUCACUGUAAGAGUUAAGGAUCAGCACGCUGAUAUAGUUGGUCGUACACUAUUCAUGAAAGAGCCAAAAGUCGCCAAAGGUGAACCCCCACAGCAUCCAAUUUGCAUUCUUAACAUUGUUUUGCCGGAAGCUGUAAUACCCGAUUCCGUAACUGCCUUCUCAGAUAAAAUCACACCCACGUAUCGAAGUUCAUUGUUAAGCUUUAGCAAACAUCAGAACGACCAUUACAUUGGUGAUAUCCGCAUUGUCGAUCUGUCAAAUCUUCUGGGUAAAGAUUGGAUACAACUUGCGUCAGAAAUCAAUAUCAGCACAGAGGAAGUCGAUGAAAUUAUUAAUCAGAAUACGGACAGUAUAGCCCGACAAGCCCAAAGUAUGAUCAGAUUAUAUAAGGAUAAGCCUAACUAUGACAUACACUCGUUAGAACAAGCUCUUAAAAACAUCGGACGCGAUGACAUUAUGAAUAAGUGUAAGAGUGGAAGACUAUCGCAUUCUCGUGACUUUGAUGAGACUGACAUCAUGAAGAACUCCGAGUCUGUGGAAGAGCUGGUCCGACAAGAAAGCAAACGGAUACAGCAAAUUCAUGAACGUGAAGAAAUCAAGUACUCAGCCGAAGAAAAGGAGAUUGAAGAGUCAGAGUCUGAUGAGGAGAUUGCUAAACGGACAGUGGCUGAACGUAGAGAUAAAAUAGUUAAACGACUUUCGGUUGAACGUCAAAUACCUGCAUCGUCACAGAAAAAAGAAAUAACCCGCGAAAUAACAGAAAUCAAACGCAAGAGUCUCAUCGAAGACAAGAAAGCAAUUCAUGAAUCUGAGAUUUUCAUGCAAUUACCAGCUGACAACAGCGUCAAGUCGGCAGUUGUGCCUGAACAAGUGAUUAAAAUGAAAAUGGGAAAAAUAGAUGCAACAGAAGUGAGCAAAAGUGAUUUUGACAAAGAGUUGACUCACAAAUUCAAGUCCUCCAGUCGUAGUUCGGAAGAAGAACCAGAUGUGGAAGAUACUUCCAGUGCCCGACAGAUAAGUCACGAAGAAGUUGACAACCUAAAGAUUGUCAAGGACAUAACGAGUGUGGAAAAACCAAGCAAGAUAAUUGAUUCACUAAUAGGCGAAAAACCUUCGAUGGAAUCCGGAUCUAAGCAAUUGACUGAAGACUUUUUGGCUUUUGAGAAAUUAACACAACUACCGUCCCAAAUAUUGCCUACUACUACUGAUAUAACCGAGAAAUUUGUGGAGGAAGUUAAAGAAAAAUCACAUGAAGGAAAAAUAGAUGAUACAAUAAAAGAAACGGAUGUAGAAGUUGUCACAGAAACUGUGGAAACCGCAAGCAAAAAAGUUGAGAGUAUUAUUUCAUCAUUCGAGUCCUCGAAACCAGAAAAGCAACCUUCAACCCAUGACACAUUUAAGGGCGUUCAAGAUUUUAUAACUGCGGAAAGAAAAACAUUUUUGGAUUCUGCAAAGACAUACACUAAAGAAGAAGAAUCAAAACUAGAUGAAGCUAUUGUUGAAACUAAAGAAUCAAUUAUCAGCGAAACUGUCAGCGUAAAAGAUAAAAUUAAAGUUUUUACUGAAACUAAAUUAGACGACAUUUCCGAUAAAAUUGCCAGCACUAAAGACUCUUUCAAAUCAUUUGAAGAAUCCAAAACAGAUGCUAUAAAAAGUGAAAAAACUAAACUUAAAGAGGAAAUUUUAAGUGAAACAAAAAGCGUAUCUGAUGCAAUAAAAACAUUUUCGGAAACCGAAGUAAAAGAAUUGAAAUCCGAAACAGCCAAACUUGAACAAAAUGUUUUGCAGACGAAAGAUUCCAUUGCAACAGCAACAGAAAAAACUGCUGAUACCAUCGUAUCAUUUGUCGAUACUAAAACAAAUGAACUCCAAACGGAAACUGCUGCCUUACAAAGUCUAAUAAUGGACACUAAAGAUACUAAAAUUAGUGAAACAAUUAAUAUACUUCAGACUACGAAAGAUUUUAUCUCGUCAGAAACAAAAAAUAUCACCGAAGCAUUUAAAUCGAAAAUUGACGAAGUUAAGAAAGAAACUGAAGAAACUAAGGAACAUGCUAUAGACAAAAAAGACUCACUUGUUUUUGAAACAAAGAGUGUUGCUGAAACAAUUAAAGCCUUUAAUGAACCAAAAAUUGAAGACGUAAAAAAAGAAUUCGGUUUUUCAAAAGAAUCAAUUGUGAGGGAUACAAAGUCCUUGUUCGAUAAAAGCACAGAAGAAUUUAAAGAACAGCUUUCAGAAACAAAGGAAACAGUUAUAUCCGAGACCCAAAGAGUAUCGGAAACAAUAAAAUCUUUCGCCGAACCUAAACUGGAGGACAUCGAAAAAGAAACAUCAAAGGCUAAGGCCAAAGUUGAAUUUGCAAAAGAUUCUAUUGAUAAGCAAUUGAAGGAAGAAGUUCAUGAAACAAAAGACACAAUUAUUACAGAAACCAAGAGUGUGGCUGAGACAAUUAAAGUUUUUGCAGAACCAAAAACUGAUGAUAUCAAAAAGGAAGCUUCUAAGAUCGAGACUAAACUUGAGGAAACUAAAAUGUCCUACGAAAAAAGUUCUGAAGAACUAAAGAAACACGUUUCUGAUAUGAAAGACGGAAUUAUAACAGAAACGAAGAGUGUAACUGAAACAAUCAAAUCUUUCACUGAACCUAAAUUGGACGACUUCAAAAAAGAAACUGCGAAUUUAGAAAAGGAGAUAACAUCAACAAAGAAUUCAAUAGUUAAAGAAACAAAAUCCUUAUUUGAUACAAAAACUGAUGAAUUUAAGCAACAUGUUGACUUAGAAAAAGAAUCAAUCGUUAAACAAACUGAAUCUUACUACGAUACAAAAUCUGAGGAAAUAAAGGAAUAUGUUUCCGACAAAAAAGAUUCAAUUAUAACUGAAACAAAAACUGUUGCUGAAACCAUUAAAGCCUUUACAGAACCCAAAAUUGAUGACAUUAAAAAAGAAUCAUCGAAAAUAGUUGGAUUGGCAAAAGACUCUAUAUGCGAAGAAACAAAAACACAAUUUGAUAAGAAAUCUGAUAAAGUGGAGCAUUUAAUAUCAGACAGCAAAGACACUAUUGUCGAAGAGACCAUGAGUGUAACUGAAACCAUUAAAACUUUUACUGAACCCAAAAUUGAAGAUAUUAAAAAAGAUACUUCAAAAGUAGAAACCAACGUAAGUGAAAUGAUGGAAACAAUUGUUACCCAAACUAUCGAAUCAAAAACACACGAUUUUAAAUCGGGUUUUGAAGAAAUGAAAGAUAAGUUGUCAGACACUGAGGAUUUCAUAAUUACUGAAACCAAAACCGUUGCGGAAACAAUAAAAUCUUUUUCUGAACCAAAAGUUACAACAUCGAAAAUUGAAGAGAAAUUGGACGAUUUUAUUGAUUCUACCAAAAAGGAGAGCAAGAAGGUUUCGGAAACAAUAAAAUCUCUUUCAGAAUCAUUUGAUAAAUCUAGUGCUGAACCGAAAUUUGAAAAGGUGAAAAUAAUACCGUCUGAUAAGAUCGAAGACAAAAUAGCUGAUUUCGAAGCGAAAAAAGUUACUUAUGAAUACCAUGGCUUAGAGCCAAAAUUAAGGGUUGGUCUACCAACAACUACCAAAGCAGAGGAUGAAAAGGAAACAAUUGUUUCUGCUCCCGAAGCUGCGCCCAGAAAAAUUACUACCACUACAGAAGAAUCCACAUUCGAAGAAUCUCUAGAAAAAUUAGAAGAAAUGAAAUCAAUUGUAGCCGAUGCUCGAAAAAUUACUAAGGACUUUUUAAGUAUGGAACAACAGUCUCAAUUACCACUACAAACCAAAGUGGAGAUGAAAGAAGAAUCGAGAUUUGUAGAGGAGACAAUUAAAACGACCAUAACAUUCCCACCAAUUGUCGAGAAAACUGUUACCGAGACAGUGACCAAAAAAGUUGAAGGGCAGGUUGAGUCUAAACCGGAAACUAAAACUGUUUCUUAUGACAGUGUAUUUAAGGAAACUAUCGAACCAUCAGUACAAGAAACAAUAUUGGAUUCAAGAAAACUCACUCAUGAUUUCCUAAGCAUGGAACAAAAAUCUCAACUCCCUUGUGAAAAGCAGACUGCUGAUGAUAUCUCAGAAUUGUCAACUGAAACAUCACAGCAUUCUGUUGAAAAAUCUCCUAUUAUCGAAACGGAUUCUGAGAAAAUAUCACUUGAACACUUUGAAAAAGCCAACAUUGACACCAGAAAAAUCACUCAUGAUUUUCUGAGCAUGGAACAAAAGCAACAACCCUUCUCUCCCCCUAAGGCUAAACCACUGGACGAAUUAGAACAAACAAAACCAUCAUCUAUUAUCGAUGAAGUUCUUAUAAAAGCUACCGAUAUAAUGACAACAAUUUCAGCAGGCGCCGAAAUACCCAAAGAUACCAAAACCUCAUCAAAAGAGGACAAAAUUGAAAAAGAGGAUUCCAAAUCUAUUUUAAAAUCUGAACAACUCAUAGACGAUGGCAUCGAGAAGGCCGCCCCAAUUAAAGAUGCUCAAGAAAUGCCUUCUUCUGUGGUAAAAACGUUAACUCAAGAUUUUCUUACCUUCGAGCAAUCCGCACCAAUGUUUACAGCACCUAAAACGUCAACUGAUGAAACAAAAACAUCUACUGAUCGUCCGGAGGACACCCUCGUAUCAACAACAUCAGACAUAACAGAUUUCACACAUCAACGUGUUAUCAAAAUGACCGGUGAUUUUCUCUCCAUGGAGCAGACUACCCACAAACCUCAAAAGGAUUCAAGUGUCAAAACAACAGACGAAUUGAUGGCUCCAAUUCCAAUUGAGCCACGUAAAUCCUUAACGGAUGCAGAAUUUUGUAAAUCGGUACAGGAAUCUAUAACUAAGAAAAUGAGCGAGGGGUUAAUUGAAAUCAGUGACGAGCUUAAAAUAAAAGAAAGCGAUAUUCCACACUCGCAAACACCUCCACCAACACCAAUCGAGACUAAAAUUGAAAAAGAAGAGGAGGAUGUAAUACAACAGAAACCCACAAUGGACGAAGAUAAUUUAAUUGAUACCAUAAAAACUUUGCACAAAACGACAGAGUCCACAUUUGAACGUGUCUCUACCAUUUCAACCAUAGAAACCCUGCAAACAUACAUUCCAGAACCACAACCAAUUGUAUCUGUCGAAGCAAUUGCAACACAAGGCAUUUUAAAAUAUGAAAAAGAAAUUGAGAAAUAUAUGAAAGAUAAUGAUGGUGAUGAGAAAGACCGUGAUGAUCAUGUUGAAGAUGAUGAGGACGACGAGGAUGAAGACGAUGACUAUGAGCAUGAACAUGACAAAUCUGUUAUUGAUACCGAUUCCAUAAUGGUGAAAUCACUUUCGUCGAAUGUUGAAAAUGUGCGGCGUGAAGCAACCGUUUUAGUUGACAAUGUUCUUGAAGAGAGUAUUCAGUUUGUCAAUGUACAACAGGAUCGCGAUCAUAUUGAAACGUACAAUGCUGUUGUUGACAAUAAUGUUAGAGCAGAAUAUAAUUCUGAAAGUGAAAAUUAUGCCAUAACAUGCGAUGACGUUGACGGCUUGGAUGUCAUUAAGUCACCAACAAUUGAAUCAAUGUCGGGCAAAUCUUUCGAUGACAAUUUGAGUUUUACGGACGAACACAUUGCAACAGUUGCUGGUCCAUCGGCAACAACAACAACCGUAACAACAUAUUCGGUACAACAAACACAAGAACAAAUUCAAAUGUUACCACAAGAUGGUGAUGAAAUCUUUGGAACAAAAUUCACAACUACUCAAACAUCUGUGGCACAAGUUGACGAUAUUUUAGAAGAUCGUAGUACAAUUAGAACACGACGCGUUGAACAUAAAUUUCAAAAAAUAUCAUCAAAUGUUCACGACGUAGACAUCGAGGCCGCAAAGUUUGAUGAACAAUUUGAAUGUGUUGUGCCGGACGAUGAGAUAAGUCACUUACAAGGAGAUUUUUCUAAAAUAAGUUGGGAUGAUAGUCAAUCGCCCACUACGAAUACGUUGGGCGAUAUUGGUCAAAGUACACCAGAUAAUGAUAUUCAAGAAAUAGCCGCAGAAACAAAAUCCACAGACAUUACACCCGUCCCACCGUCUUCAAUAACAACGACAUUAUCCCAGCAAAGCCAUGAUAAUGCUGAUUUAGGCGCACCACAAGGUGAUGUGCCGAAACCAAAACCUCGAUCGGUAAGAAUUUCUACACCCACAGAAGAUGUUGAAGAAGAAAAAAUGUCGUCUCAAAUGCCGUACGAAGUAGAGGAACAGGAAGUAUCGUUUGACUUAUCAGAUGAUGUGGAUAACUCCGUAGUUCCCGUGCCGAAACCACGUUCCCAAAUGAAAACUUCAGAUUCAUUUAAGAAUCUUGAUACUUUGAAUCAACAACAACAUCAUCAGCCGUCCCAAUCCGAUAGUAUUAGUUUACGUAGCUUCGAUUACACUGAAGAAACUUCACGAACUGACGAUCCAUCGGUGUCUGUAUCGAUUUCAAUGAAAUCUCAACAACUCGAUUACCCCCUCACAACUACCAAUACAACCACAACAACAACUUCUGAAGAUCCUGCCACAGAGUCUAUAGACCCACCUAGUGAAUUAUCAAUCGAUGAUGGAAAUGUUGAAACCGAACGCAAGACCAGUUUCUAUAUUGGAGAAUCUAGCCGUAAUAUUAUCACUAAAACAACGCCCACUAAGCUCAGUGUCAGUGAAGGGGCUGCAGAUGAGCCACUUACCGCAGUAAUGUGUAGAGAACCUAUUGAAGCAACGGACAUAUCAUUGAUGAAGGAGUUCUCUGUAGAUUCUGACGAAGAAAAUGACGUCUUCAAAGAAUAUGUUACAAUAAAACCAACGGAACCUGAAGCAGGCACAAGAAUUCGUCGUCAGAGCUCAGAGACCCGAAAUGAUUUGUUGGAAGAGGACGCUUUAACUAAAGAAACAAUUGAAUCGACAACUGUAGUUAACACAAUGACAACAACAACAACAACAACAGCUGGAGCAGUCGCCGAAGACGGAACAUUACGAAAAACAAGUACAGAACAAAGUUUUACUACAACAACUAUAACAUCCACAACAUCUACUAGUUCAGCACCAUUGGAAGUCAUUCACUCGACGGGGGAAGAUGAUUCAGUACGUGAGAUAUCUGAAUCCAUGGAUAUUGAAAUCGAAAGACCAAUCGAUUUGGACUUACCACUAGAGAAAAGUGAAUGGGAAACUACAGAAAAAGAAAUUCCUCCAACAGGAAAAGGAAAAAUUGUACAUUCACCACAACAGCCCAUUCUUAGUGAUUUGACAAAAGAGGCCUUAACCGAAGAAAUGGUAGCAAAAACACUCGAGGAAGUUCAAGAGUCACUAGAUGCUGCUAAAAACGAACUUAAAUCGGUUAUAAAGGAUGGAAAAUCUAUUAAAGAGUCACCCUCAGAAUUUGAGUUCCGUUCAUUUUCCCAAACAAUUGCCAGUGGUAGUAGCGAGGCAGAAAAGAUUUCAGAUAUGGGUAUUAAAACGGAAAAGAUCAUUGAAGAAACUGUUGAGCUAAUGGAAGAUGAAGAUAUAUCUUCAUUUAUAGGUGUUCCGGAAAAUAUACAGGAUAAACACAGUCAAGAAACAGAAAAUGUGAUAACUAGCACAGUUAUUGAAAGUUUAAAUCGAGAAGCUGCUAUGCUACAUUAUGCUCAAAAUAUAUUUGAAGAGAAGAAACCCGAAACUUCUCUCGGUUUCGUAUCCACUGGUACUGCAGAAUCCCAAGAUUCUCAUACUUCUUCGGAUGAUCAUAUUGUUAAGGAAGAACGAGCCUCUCUUGGUUUUAUUUCCAGUGAAACUGCUGAAGACUUCAGUUCAAUGGAAGACUAUUAUCAGGAAAAAUUAGCAAAAGCCGAUAUUGUAACCGAAGCUAAAGAAGAGAAGGAAGAAGUAAUUACCUCGACUGCUGCUGGUGUGGACACCUUUGGUGAAAUUUCCUCUGAACUAACAAUGAAACCCUUCGAGGAUGUAGUACAUCGUAUUAAAACUGAGAGUACAGAUAAUGCACAAAAUCGCUGGUCAGUUCCUGAAAUUGAUCAAUCAAGUUCAAGCGAGAGCUAUUAUAAGAGCUUUGAGAAAAGUGAAAGUCGUCCUCUUUCUUCAGAUAUUGAAAACUUAAUGACUCAAGCAAAUUCUUCAGAAUAUCAGACUGCAGCAGAUGUAUCGUCGGUUUAUAGAGAAACUACAGAGUUUGUAAGUGCUGUUAGUACGUUCGAAAGUAGUUCAGGAAAAACCAUAAGUUCUCAUGAAAGCAUGCGUAGUCUUGAUUCACAGUCUGAAACAUCUGCUAAUCUGGGCAGUAUAGAUGUUUCAGAGUUGUCAGAAACUUUAGUAGCUUCUUCCACAGAAGAAGCUGAUGAACUUCAAAGAUUACGAGACUUGGCUGAUGAAGAAGAUAGUGAUGAUAGUUUGGAUUUAGAAACAAUGGAUUAUACUGUAAGUGAAAGUAAAAUACAACAACAGUCGCAAAUGAAACGAUCGCAGGAAAUGAUUUUCAAACCAAAAUCUGAUGAUGUUUCUCGAAAAACUGAAGGAGAAGAGGAUGACCAAGAGAAAUGUAUUCAAACCGUGCAAAUUAAGGAAUAUGCAAAACCAAAGGAAGUCGAAAAAACUUGGGGAUUAACAUAUCCUAUAGAGGAUACUAAAACUGAUGAUUUUAAAGACACCGAUGACAUACUUUUAUAUCAUGGAGAUAUUAGACGUUCAAUCGAUGAUACUAAAUAUGCAUCCAGUUUAGAUGAAGGAAGUAUCCUGUCCGUUAGUAUGUCAAGUACUUCAAACAUAGACACUGUGGUUGAAAACUUUGAAGAUAUUGUUGGAUCUGUUGGUGCAUCUUCACUAGCUGGUAUUGAAGGAUUCGCAGCGUCUUCUUUACCAGAAGAAACUACAUUCGUAAUGGAAAUGGAUGAAGGAAGUGGAGACUUUUCUCCCCAAAAUUCUACUGCUACUACACCUCCUGGGGAAACACCAACCAAACGUGGCCAUAAGCGCUCCGAGAGCACUUCUGUGCCUGGAGAUGACAUUAAAAAUACUCCAGACAAAGAUACAUCAGCACCACAAGGCGAAGGAAAAGAAUCAGAGAGCGAAUCGGAUACAGAUCCUUACGAAACAGAAUAUGCUCGACAAUUCCGAUCACCGUCAGACCGUAAAAGUAAGAAGAAGAAGCAAGCAGCAGCCGAAAUGGAUCACAGCUUUGAAACAGAAAAGCGUCCUUUUACACCAUCACAGCUUGUUGCUGAAGUUAUUGUAGAAGAUAGUCUUACUGAAGAAUUAGAAGCCGAGGAGUGUCUUUUGGAAGAAAGAAGACCAUCCCAAAAUAUGCUUAACUAUUCAAAUAUUCCAGACAUUACCGUUACAGAGGACAUCCAACCAAAGUCACCAAUUUUAGAGGAAGAUACUUUUGAAGAAAAAACUCUGUACAAAGUGAAAACUCAAGAGGAAUUGCACAAAGCCACCGACGAUCGACCUCUACACGAAGAAAAAGAGAUGGUUAUUGAUUUAAAAGAAGAAAAUUUUCAAAAACUAGUUCAAGAACAGUAUAAACAAAAGUUGGCAGAAUUACAAAAGGCCGAAAUUGGCGAUUCCGACUAUGAUUAUAACAAAGCACCUGAUUCACCAGACUCAUUUGAAAUGGUUGACCAACCCGACAUUUCGGAUGAAUUUGUAAUUAUUGAAGAAGUGGCCAAAGAAGCUAAUGAAGAUGACCUAGGCGGUAAAAGUAUACGAAUUGCCCCUACCAAAUAUGAAUCUAAGCAUGACGAAGAAGUGGAGAAAAUUAUAAUUAAAUCAGCACCAGCUGAUCCAAAACUAGGCUCCCAAAUAUUCCGCGAUGAUUUGAACUUUGAAUUUGAAGAAAGUCCUCCAACUGGCAGCAGUGGAGGUGCAGGUAGUGAAGUGCAAGAUGAAAGUGAUUCCGGUCCAGAUAUGGCGGCGAACAAUAAACGUUGGGUCGAAAUGCAAUUAACUGAUAACCAACUGCGAUAUCCAUACGACCUAACUGGUGGUGUCUUGGAGGACAUAAAAGAAGAAGAUGGAGAAUUUGAAGUCGGAAGCAGUCGCAUUAGUAGUUUUAAAGACUCGUUCUCUAGCACACCUGAAUAUGAUGUCAUGGCUGCUCGACGCUAUUACGCAGCAAGGGGCGAGCAUGAUGAUAUCUCAAUGAGCAGUUUACAGGAGUUUGAAUCAUUGGAACAAGCAAUUUCAUUAGAAAAUCGUAAUCGAACUCAUCAAGGAUCAACCGAUUCUAGCAAUGGUAGUUUUCAGAGGCGGUACAUAUUGCGCAAUAGUGCAAGCGGUCCAGCUCAAGGUGACGAUAUAUCCAUAUCUAGUCUUAAAGAAUUUGAAGGCCUUGAAAAUGCAUGUAUCGAAGCUCAUCUUAUUGAAAUCAAAGCUAAGGAAGAAGCAGCAAUGCUAUCGCGUUCCGAUGAAUCUAACAAAUCGAAUGGCAGUGAUCGCGAUCAAAUCUUAGACCCAACCAAAGUCGUUGUCAGUAAAGUUAUACGAACAGUAACACACACUGAAGUUCUUCAGUCUGGUCAACAGCCUCCCGAUAUUGAAACCUUACUUAAACAAAAAUUGCAGGAAUGUGAACGAGCUCAAAGCUCCAUUCAAAUAACUGAAAUAUCGAGAACAAAAGCUGAUUCGGAUAAAGGAAGUAUAGAUAGUUUAGAAAUGAAUCGAAGUAUUGACAUGGUUACAAGCAGUGUGGAUGAUAGUUUUGACAUUUCGAAAGAUGGUACUACAAAAUCAGACAUAGAUUCCUUGGAAGUUGAUAAACGUCAGCCCACACGAGAAGAAAGCAUUGAAUCAAUAGAAAUGGAACAAAUGGAUGACGUCAUGUCUAAAUUCGGUGUUACAUUAGGAGAUGGGCUUACAACAACGACAACUACUACAACCACAAGCACAGAUGCCGACGGACAUGAACACACAACCGUAACAACGCGAAUUAUAACAAAAACCACUCUUACGGGUGGUGGUGCUAGUAGUACAUCACUUGAUGCCUCGGCACCAGAGAUGAUGACGAAAGAUUUCUCCGCCGAAUCCCUCAAUCAAAUGAGUGCUCUUGAUCAAACCACCACCAGUUCGGCGGGAACUACGGCCACAUAUCAGACAAGUGCUGGCAAUUCCCAAAUGUCUGGCAGUAUAACAAGCUGUGCCUCCAGUACUCUAAUGGAAGAUUCUGCCAUGAGUAUGUCAGGCUUAACGAUGUCAUCAAGUUAUUGGUCCCACGAAGAAGAAACAGUAAAAGAAGGCACCGAUGUAAAAACGAAGGAUACUCUCAAUAAAGAAGAUCAUCCACCCCAUUAGAAAAUUUUCCCAUACGAAAAUGAUAUAUUUAAGUUUUUUGAUACGUUGAUAUAACAAUAUUAGAAUUCAAAAAUUAGGAAGGUCUCUACACAUAAGUUGGAUAUUAAAUAGAAUCUAAGGCUUAUGGGAUCGUCGCUAUAGCUUUAUACUAUAGUACUUAAUUGAUGUUGCUGAAAUUGGAACAUUUUUUAUAAAUAACAUAAUGUUUUAAUUAGUUAACCUUGAAUUAACUAGUUAUUUAACACAUUCAAAUAACAAAGCAUUUCAAAGUGUUGCUGUACACGACAAGAUACUCACUUUUACCUAAUAAGUCAUAAAAAUAAUAAAUUAAUUAAACAAAAAAUGAAAGACACACACAUUUAAAUAUUUAAUAUUAAAUAUAUAUUGUAGUGUUUUAUUUAAAAUGUAAAACGCAAUUUAAUGUUUUUAA